GAUAUGCCGUAAACGUUAAGAGAACUCUUGACAGUGGACAUUAAAAGUCUGAUAAGAACAUGGCGUGGUUAAACGUUUUGCAGUCUGUAUUCAUGCUUCCGUUCAUGGCGGGUUACGCGAAGGCAGGACGGAAUCGACCUACCCAUCUUGAUGGGACAACCUCUGUUAUUGUCUUCAGCACAUUCCUCUUCUCCUUCAUUCUUCUGAUUGCGAAAACAAUGACAGGUACUAACGAAACUGUAUUUCAUUGUCGCGGAUUCCAUGUAAUUUUGUCCAGUAUUGCCUUUAUUGGCGUGCUUUCCUAUAUUAUACUGAUCAUUACUCUCAGACUCAAGGGCUUCAGCAGCUUAUUGGAACAACGAACCGCACGUAGCACUUCUGGUGUCCAUAUCAUCUUCCUCUGGAUGUUUGGGGUUGCAUCCGUCGUCUUUUGUAUACUGAAUACAGGCCGGCUGAUAGAAUGUGAACUUUCGCUGGAGUCCAAUGUCGUUUCAGAUGUUAAUCUGAUGGAAUGUGCUUAUUAUGUAGCCAUGGCGCUGUUCCUCUUAAUACAGAUGAUGGUACUGACCUAUCUGAUGCCUUUUAAGUUUAGAAGCUCUUUGCGACUUCAAUACUUGAUUCUGAUAAUCAUAUCCACAAAUUUAUCGAUGUGUGCUUACAGUUUUAGAGAUCGUUACCUCGGAGAUAUGUAUGUAGGUAAUGGCACAUGGAUUGUUCUCAAUUGCACAAAUCAAACAUUUUCACAAAUGCUUGAUGUUUCUAACAAAGUCCUCACUCCAACGUUUUUGGAAUGUUCCUUCCUAUCGAUAACAAUUAUUAUGAACAUGUCAUCUAAAUGGAACACAGACAACACCAUAAAUGACAACAACGAACUAACCGUCGUUAUUGCAUCUAGUGACAGUGUAUCAGAUACUAAUGUCGACAACCCCGUUUCUUUUGAACGCAGGAGAUCACAAUUAUCAGGCGAACAUAACAACGACACUGAAUACGAUGACAACUCAUCCGAAUCUAAUCCAAGGACACCCUUGUUGUCUAAUUCCCAAGUAUCCAGACGUGGAUCAAACUCGGCUCCUGGUUGUCACACUGGCGUCAAACCUAACAAAGAACGUUUAAAGCCGCUGUUGUGGUACUACGCUAGCGUGUUGUUCUCCUGGAUACUCGGCAUCGCUGUUUUGAUAGUUUACAUAGUACAAAUUACCAGUGAAAGCACCGACAGAGGUAUGUUGAACGCUCGGGAUGUGUGCGAGACACUUGCUUCAUGUAUGAUGGCCGUAUAUGUACAUGCAGGAUUUUAUCUCCUGUCAAAACACACUCGGCCAAAAGCUGACGUUGGCCCUGUUUCCGGAAGUGAAUAUAUCUUCAUUAUAUCAUCGAUCGGGGCACUAUUUUCAUGCGUUUUUAGCGUAUUGAGUUUUAUACACUUUGCUCCUACCUUCUAUAAGGUGCAUGUAGCGUCUCGUGUAAUCAUAGGAGUCAUAUCAUACACACAGACCGUGUUUAUUCUACAUGCAAAACGCUGCAGAAGGAAACGCACGAAUGAGAACAUUUCGUCCCUUCGUUCAGUGAUGUUGCUGCUCGUUAUGUUCAAUUUUGUUUUCUGGAUUGUCGAAAGUUUUAUUUAUGGCGGAUAUUACAAUGUGAAAUAUAUGGAAAGAAAAUACCUCGGUCCUGAUUUGUGGAACAUCCGAGUCGGCAUAUGUCAUCCCCUCUAUAUGUACUUUAGUUUUACUUCAGCAUUGGAAAUGUACAACCUAUUCCAACAAUUCUCAGCUAAACAAUUAUAGUUACAAGACAAUACCAUGCAAAUGAGAAAGUGACAGAAUAUAAUGUCAUAACAUUCUUUCAUGAAAGAUUCGAUGAAUAUAACAGUCGAAAUACGUUGUUACUGUGUUUACCAAGUCGGUAGUUUUCUUUGGUGUUGUUUUCAAAUGGGUUAAAUUAAGCAUAUGUUGUUGACUGGUUUAUUUAUAAACUAUUUCCGUACAUAUUCCUGAUAACGCGUUACUAGGAAACUUAUAACCUGUUGUGCAUAAACUAUGGCAUAUGUGAAUUAAAGAUUGUAUUUUAUUUGUUUGCAGUAUCGAUUUGGACUGUUUGAUAUCAUAAACAUAUAUUACCUAGCUAAGGAAAUACACAAAAUCGUGCUUUAUAAGGAGAAAAUUGCAGACUUUAGAUCAAAAUAGUAUUUUAUCGUUUAUGAAAAAUGUAAAUAAAUAAUCUGCGUAUUCUUUAUCGCCUCUGAUUAUAUUUGUAAAUAAGAAUCCAUCAUGGCUGUUCAUGCGAUAACAUUUUGCUUUGGAUAUUCGCCAACUAUUCAUAGAAAAUAUCAAGAUAUAAUGUAUGUGUACACAGGAGUAUAACUUUUUUGAAACUUCCCUGAAAAACCACCAACAAACAUACCCUCAAUAGGCUGUCAACAAAUAUCAUUAUAUAUGAUGGAAAUUACAUUCUCACGAUAACCUUGCAACUUUAUACAAAUCCAUUUUGGAUGUAACAGCAAAUUGGUUGUUUAUUAU